GGCAGGCAGCGGCCGCCUCUGUUCCCCGGCGCCCUGCGGGAGGUCAUUGCACAAGAGGGGCUGGAGCCAGGGCUCUUCGCAGGCAGCGGUUCCCGGUGCAUGGGGGACAAAGCGACAGCUGCCGCUGCUGUUGCUGCGUGGGGGCGGCCCCACCUACCUCUGCCCCCAGCUGCGUGUGGUGAGGAGGAGGAUGACCCCGGCCCAGGGUGUCUCACGCCUCUUCUGAGCCCCUGAGCCGUUUGCUCCCGGCCGCCCGUGGCAUCUUGGAUGCUUUUUGCAGCGGCCGCCGCCCCGCGCCCGCAGCGCCAUGCACACCGUGCAGAAGGACACUACCUUCACCAAGAUCUUCGUCGGGGGGCUGCCCUACCACACCACCGACUCCUCCCUGAGGAAGUACUUCGAAGUGUUCGGGGACAUCGAGGAAGCGGUGGUGAUCACCGACCGGCAGACGGGCAAAUCCCGGGGAUAUGGUUUUGUGACCAUGGCAGACAGAGCUGCAGCUGAGAGAGCGUGCAAAGAUCCCAACCCCAUCAUUGAUGGCAGAAAAGCAAAUGUGAACCUGGCAUAUCUGGGAGCAAAACCAAGGAGUAUUCAAACUGGUUUUACUAUAGGUGUGCAGCAGCUACAUCCAGCCUUUAUUCAGCGACCAUAUGGGCUCACCCCUCACUAUAUUUACCCUCAAGCUAUCGUUCAGCCUAGCGUGGUCAUCCCAACCCCCGUGCAGUCUAUCACAUCUCCCUACAUAGACUACACCUCUGCGAGCCAAGCCUACUCCCAGUACACCACCGCUGCCUACGACCAGUACCCCUACGCCGCCUCUCCUGCUGCUGGGUUUGUGGGAUACGGCUACACGAGCGCAGUUCAGCAGCCCAUCACAGCUAGCAAUCCGGCAGCGCACACCACGGCUUUUGUUCAGUAUCAGCCCCAACAGCUGCAGCCUGACCGAAUGCAGUAAGGGCCCUGCCCAUGCGUUCGCCAUGUAGGACAAUCUUUUACAGUGGAAGGAUACAAACAAAAAAAGCAGAAAACAAAACCACCCAACCUUACUAGGUGCAUACGAAUACCUAAGCUAUUUAUAGUGUUAAGGACGAACCUAAACCCUUGCUGUCUGACUACGCUCAUGGAAAAGGACUUCCGGUAAGUUUUCUUUCAAUCAGGGCAAAUAUUGUCUUGAAGAUGGACUUAAAUUGACUGAAAUAUUAAAAGGAAAACUACAGUUUCUUGCACACUUAGUGAUCUGCUUCCAUUACCUGUCAUCUUCUCACUCCCCCUCCUUCUCCCUUUCCCCAUCCAUCAGUUGUUUCCUACUCCCCUUCCCCUCCCCAAAUCAGAUCUGCAAUCCUCUCAUUUACUGUUGAGGUAUACAAGGUACUCGGAGAACAUGGAUAAAAAGCAAUCGUAUUUUUUGGUUGUACAAAAACUUUGUAAUACUCAGAGAUGCCUUACAGAAAAAAGAAGAAAACUAUUUUUUAAUAUUUAUUGCGAUUUUAUUCGCAUGAGCUGUGAAUUGCAGACAGAAGAAUAGUAGUAAGUAUCUGCCUUGUUUAAUUCUCAUUUUACUAAAUUAUUGUACGUAGGUAAAGGUUCCUAAGUAAUUGCUGAAUCACUUCAACAUGCAAAAGGGAAUAUUGGCUUUAAGGAAAGCAGAAUAUUCCUUUAGUCAACGCACUGUAAUAUUUUCUUAUUGUAAUUCUUACUCUUAAGAUUAUCUCAGACUUAGGUAUAUUUUUAAAAUGCAAAAAAAAAAAUAAUCAAAAACAAAGCCCCCCACCUGGAAUACUGAACAUAUUGUCUACUAUGAUAGAUCUUUUGUUAUAAUGCUGCAACUUAUGGAGAAAUGGACAGUAUUUAUGUCAAAGUUAGACAGAGUUUUCAGGCUGUUGGCUGGCAAAGUUUAGGAGAAUGUCAGGAAUGGAUUAAAACUUUUUUUUUACAUAUUUGAACAAAUGGGUAAAUGUAACAUUUUUAUGCCUAUGGUACAACAGCCAAAUAAAGAGAGACAACAGACCACAUAGGAUAAGUGCAUUUUUACAAGGAGGAGCAAUAAACUAUUUUUUUUUUAAACCACUCAAUACUAUGUUGUAUGCUCCAGUCAAAUAAAUAUGGUAUUAAAGACACAGAUGAAAUUGACUUGAAUUGGAUACACUGGGCCUUACCCUGCAGCUGUUGUGGACUUGAUCCUGAGCGGUUCUGAGCCCCCUUCAAGUCUCCUGGACCCCUCUCUGCAUUCAAACUACAGUUUCCAGCAACUCCCAUUGGAGUCACAUGCCUGGAAGGCACCUGGCCCUUAGUUGCCCUGUAAGUUGUGUUGUCCAUUGAGUCCAGUGUCAAGUGGGUCUUUAGUGCUCCCUUUCUAAGCUGGUAGCAUUUUCACCGACCAUACGCUGAUGUAAAUGAUGACCAAGGUGCUAGGCAAUGGAGACUCACAAGGAGUGCAGGAUCAGUAUUGUCCUGAGGGGGUUUUCAUGGUAUUGCAAAGAAACCACAUGCUUCUUCUAAUGGAAGUUUGCACAAUUGAUUCCAUCCAAAAUUCUGUCUCAUGUAAGGGCUGGGUUUCUGAGGGCCUCUUCAAUCAGACAUGCUGGGAUUGGCACGUGCCCUCAGGCAAGGUGGCUCUAGGGCCCUGAGCCUUCCUCAGGUUGGCCACAUGGUUCCAUUUUAUUUUCCCCUUGAAUUUCCUAUAGCAAUUUGGUUUUCAACUUUUGACCCUCAAAAAAACUGU